CCAGCAGAACCUGUUUAGACACAUGGAGAAGGAUCCCAGCGCUACAAGGCACACAGUCCGCUUCUUCGUCCUCAGGGUUGCCAGCGCUUCCUGGAAGUCCUGAAGCUCUCGCAGUGCAGUGAGUUCAUGCACCUUCUUGCCAAGCCUCAGUCUUCGGGAUCUGGGGAGGCCGCCUGGUUUUCCUCCCUCCUUCUGCACGUCUGCUGGGGUCUGCGCCUUGCCAGGCCCCGCCGCCCCCCAGCCUCUCCUUCCGGCUCGCACAUGAAGAUGCACUUGCAAAGGGCUCUGGUGGUCCUCGCCCUGCUGAACUUUGCCACGGUCAGCUUCUCUCUGUCCACUUGCACCACCUUGGACUUCGGCCACAUCAAGAAGAAGAGGGUGGAAGCCAUUAGGGGACAGAUCUUGAGCAAGCUCAGGCUCACCAGCCCCCCGGAGCCAUCGGUGAUGACCCAUGUCCCCUACCAGGUCCUGGCCCUCUACAACAGCACUCGGGAGCUGCUGGAAGAGAUGCAGGGGGAGAGGGAGGAAGGCUGCACUCAGGAAAACACCGAGUCGGAAUACUAUGCCAAAGAAAUCCAUAAAUUCGACAUGAUCCAGGGGCUGGCGGAGCACAAUGAGCUGGCCGUCUGCCCCAAAGGAAUCACCUCCAAGGUUUUCCGCUUCAAUGUGUCCUCAGUGGAGAAAAAUAGAACCAAUCUGUUUCGAGCAGAAUUCCGGGUCCUGCGGGUGCCCAACCCCAGCUCCAAACGCAAUGAACAGAGGAUCGAGCUCUUCCAGAUACUUCGGCCAGAUGAGCACAUUGCUAAACAGCGUUAUAUUGGUGGCAAGAAUCUGCCCACACGGGGCACUGCCGAGUGGCUGUCUUUUGACGUCACUGACACUGUGCGUGAGUGGCUCCUGCGAAGAGAGUCCAACUUAGGUCUGGAAAUCAGCAUUCAUUGUCCAUGUCACACCUUUCAGCCUAAUGGGGAUAUCCUGGAAAACAUUCACGAGGUGAUGGAAAUCAAAUUCAAAGGUGUGGACAAUGAUGAUGACCAUGGCCGUGGAGAUCUGGGGCGCCUCAAGAAGCAGAAGGACCACCACAACCCUCAUCUAAUCCUCAUGAUGAUCCCCCCGCACCGGCUCGAUAACCCAGGCCAGGGAGGCCAGAGGAAGAAGCGGGCCCUGGACACCAAUUACUGUUUCCGCAACUUGGAAGAGAACUGCUGUGUGCGCCCUCUCUACAUUGACUUCCGACAAGAUCUGGGCUGGAAAUGGGUCCAUGAACCUAAGGGCUACUAUGCCAACUUCUGCUCAGGCCCUUGCCCAUACCUCCGCAGCACAGACACAACCCACAGCACGGUGCUGGGGUUGUACAACACCCUGAAUCCUGAAGCAUCUGCCUCACCUUGCUGUGUGCCCCAGGACCUGGAGCCCCUGACCAUCUUAUACUAUGUUGGGAGGACCCCCAAGGUGGAGCAACUCUCCAACAUGGUGGUGAAGUCCUGUAAGUGUAGCUGAGACGUCACCUGGGACAGAGAGAGAGGGAGAGAGAGAACUGCCACUGCCUGACUGCCCGCUCCUCGGGAAACACAAAAGCAACAGAUCUCACCUGGAGACCUGGAGCCCCCAACCUUCAGCUCCAGGCAAAUGGCUGAGAUGGAGGUUCCCUUUUGGGACAUUUCUCUUUCUUGCUGGCUCUGAGAAUCACUGUGGUAAAGAAAGUGUGGGUUUGGUUAGCGGAAGGCCGAACUCUUCAGAACUCACAGAUUUUCUGUGAUGCAGACAGAGGUGGUGGGGACAGAGGAAGAGGGAUGGAAAGUGAACGUGUCGUGUGGGAUUGGGAUUUGGGCUAUCCUAGGGACUAGGAAGGGCAGAGAAUGGCUGGGACAGGGCCAGACUGGAAGACACUUCUGAUCCGAGGUCAGAGUUGCUCAUCACUGCACCACAUCUGCUCUAGGGAAUCUGGAUUAUGUUAUAUAAAGCAUUCUUCUUCAGACAGGUUACCAAGACCAAGUCCCAGAAUUGUAUCUUGUACUACCUGGGAUUAAGGACAAACCUGUUCUUUUUGCAAAUUACCCUCUCUACAUCAAUCAGCAUCAAGGGUCAUUACAGGGAGCAAAUCCAGGUAAUGGAGUUCUCGGGCCUUCAACUCCACUGGGCCCUAUGGAUAAUGCUGAACUCAGAAGCAGAGGGUGGGAAUUCAUCCCCUCCUGUCUGCCCUCUGGGUCCCUCCUCUCGCCUUCUUCCUCAAUUGUAUUUCCCCUUGGACAUUUGGCUAGACACUUUCCAGGUCAAGUUGCACAUAUUGAGAUUGUGGGUCUGUGCAACCUUGGGGCAUUAUGGGUUCCCCCUCCCACCCCCAAGACCCUGUGUUCAUUUGGUCUCCCUGGAAACAGGUGCUACAUGUGAGGCAUUUGGGGAAGUUGCAUGUGUGGCACACACUGACUUGGCCCCAGACGCAUAGACUGAAGUAUGAAGACAAAUAUAAAUAUUACUCUCAAAAUCUUUGUAUAAAUAACUAUUUUGGGGGGAUCUUGGAUCAUUUCAUCUUCUGGAAGAUUGUUUCUAGAGCAGUAAAAGCCUUAUUCAGAGGU